AUGGACAUCGACCCGGCCGGGUCGCCCCCGCGCAACGAGUCGGAGAUGCAGACGCACGCCAAGGCUACGGCCGUGCGGUCCAUUGAGGGCUGGAUCAUCGUCGUCACCAACGUGCACGAAGAGGCCGACGAGGAGGCCAUCCAGGACAAGUUUGGCGAGUACGGCGAGAUCAAGAACCUUCACUUGAACCUCGACCGCCGAAGCGGCUACGUCAAGGGCUACGCUCUCAUCGAGUACUCGACCCUCGAAGAGGCGCGGGCGGCCAUCGACGGCGCGCACGACACGAAAUUGCUGGACCAGACGGUGCAGGUCGACUUUGCGUUUGUGAGACCGCCCCCGGGCAAGGGACGUGGAGGCAGGAAUCGCCGGGGACGGAGCCGCAGCCGCAGCCCCGACGCAAAGGAUGGGGAAUGA